AUGGAGGCCGAGCUCUGCUCACAAUAUCGCCUACAAUCUCCUGUGGAGGAACACCAGGCUCUCGUCGAGCAGGUCAGCAAGGCUGAUUUGUGGGGCUUCUUUGAUCGUUUAUCUAGUUUGCAAGCCUACUUGGCGAAGUUGCAUUGGUUUGCUACUGUCAAUAGCGAGGCCAUUUCCAGAAUCUACAAGAGAAUUUCAGAUAUUGACGUGCUCGAAUGUUCUGGUGCUCCAUUAAUAGAAGUGCCGGCUGCGUGCAUUGCCGAAUGUGAAACCGAGAUUAAAAGGACAUGCAGGCUCAAAACAUUCCUCACUUCUUACCUAGAAUCUAAUGGGCUAGAGAGGAUUGGUCGAGACGGUCAAGGGCAUCUCUCGCUCCACUACGGUGCUACUCUUGGGGACUAUGAAAUCUGUCUAUCCGCCCUCAAGCGUUUGAUUGAUGCGAAUGGUACAUCUGACGACAUUAACAAUGCCCUCCUUCGAUGUGAUGAAAGGAAGUGGACACCUCUACACAUCGCAGUUAUCCACAAUCAUUGCGCAAUAUUAGAAUUGUUUUUGAAUGCCCUGAAAUUGAGAGCGGGUGAAAGCAGAAAAACUGAUGAUGGCUCAAUUUUCUCUCUACUUGAAAAUUUGUUAAUUAUCGCCCUCAAAUACCAGCAUGACGAUAUGAUCCCCAUGCUUGUUUCCGCUAAACCUAUUGAUAAUCGCAACAUUCUACCCGGAACAACACUGCUUCAUAUAGCUGUGCAGACCGGACGAAUAAACUACGUUGCGUUGCUCAUAGACAAUAUGGACGACCCAAAGUCAUGCAUUGAUGUGUGCAAGGCUGCAAGAGGGUGGACGCCGUUGAUUCUUGCCGCUGCUUCUAGUAAUUUGGAAGUUGUCAAGAUACUCCUAGAAGCUGGCGCGAACCGCACGGUUCUAGACAGCAAGGGCUGGACAGCUCAAGAGCACGCAGCGUUUCGAGGUCACCUCUACACAGCUAACUUCCUCGGACCUUGCAAUACCUUAGACUCUUUGGACUCUUACGGUUCAAAAUUGGACAGAGUGAAAAUAGAUCCUUUGUGCAAAGAUGAUCGAAAGUUCAUUAUUAUCCAUCUCGGCAACAAUGCUAGCAAUCCUUUGGUGUUUCCCUUGACGAUUGAGAACUCAUCCCAUGUUGCGUUCAAUAUUUUCCAUUACACGAAUGCUAACAUGGUUGGUAGCGGUAUGGCUUUUCUCGAGGAUGACUGUCUUUCUAUGACGCCUCCAUGUACCGUUUCAUUUACUUGUACUAUUGCAAAGCCAUAUGUUGGUACUAUUUUCAGACGCACGCAAAACCGCUCCAAGCUAUCUAAUGGGGUUAAGUUGGUGGGACAUAGAGGGGUUGGUCAAAAUACAGCCUCCCGUGAGUACCUCCAAUUAGGAGAAAAUACGGUUGAUACCCUCAUUACGACUUUCUCUAAUGAUCUGCGUAAAGUUUGGUACUUUCGGCGUCCUAUCCCCAGGCUUACUAGUAGCGUACUAAAGCACAACCUUGUUACAGACGUCCAAGUGACACGGGACCUGGUCCCAGUCAUAUACCAUGAUUUCUCAUUGAGCGAAUUAGGGUCAGAUGUGCUAAUACACGGUGUGGAUUUGGCCCAGGUAAGCCCAGAGAUCUGGAACAACUGGGCAGUACUUAUGGAAUCAGUUCCUCCACGCAGGCAACUAUUCAGAGUUGGAAAAGCUAGAGUCACGGACACCGCGAUCGCGUUCUCUAACCAGAGAGGAUGA